AUGACACCGCUGCAGCAAUGGAGAACAGAUCUCCUGCGGGAGAUGCUGGUGGGAUCCGCUGAUGAAGGUUUGUUGGGUUUUUCUGAUGUGGGAGUGGUUAAAUGUGAUAGCAAAGGAAAACAUCACUGCUGUGGCGGUGGAGAAAUUGUGGAAGGGAGGGCUCCUGUGGGAGCAGAGGGAAACCACUUCCAUAGCAGUGGAGUUGCAAGUGAUGGCCAGAAUGAACAUUGCGUAGAGUAUGAGGGAAGUGUUAGUGGAGUGGAAAUCUCGACCAAGGGUGGAGAUGCAUACGAUUUUAGAAAUUCUCAAGCUGAAUAUCCUGUGAGGUUGGUUAAUGGCAUUGACUCAUGCUCAGGACGAGUGGAGGUUCUUCAUAAUGGUCAAUGGGGAACAGUGUGUGAUGAUGACUGGGACUCUACUGAUACUGCAGUGGUGUGUAGAGAACUAGGCUGUGGAAAUGUCCUACAGGUGAAAAGUGUUGCAUAUUUUGGAGAAGGUACAGGACAAAUAUGGAUGGAUAAUGUAGGGUGUCAUGGCACUGAGUUCUCACUGAUAAACUGUGGCAGUGCAGGGUGGGGGAUACACGACUGUAAACAUUGGGAAGAUGCUGGAGUCAUUUGUCAAGCUUCUGUUAGGUUAGUUAAUGGCUUCAACCCUUGUUCUGGACGAGUGGAGGUUCUUCAUGAUGGUCAGUGGGGAACAGUGUGCGAUAACGGCUGGGAUCUAUCAGACGCUUCAGUGGUGUGUAGAGAAGUGGGCUGUGCAGAUGCUAUAGAGGCAAAUAUUGGUGCUUAUUUUGGAACAGGUUCUGGACAAAUAUGGAUGGAUGUUGCGCUCUGA